AUGAGGAUCCUGUUUUUGCUGUUGGCACUGGCCUCUUUUGGGUCGUGCUUUAUAAGCAAAGAUAUGCUGAAACAGGCCCAGAGGAUUUCGGAAAAUGGAAUACUGGAAGUCGAUGACCCUCGCUUCGACAUUCUGUUUGACGGGCCCAAAGACUACUAUUUGAUAGUUCUUUUCACAGCAACAAAAGUAAACGCUGGUUGUUCCGCAUGUGAUGCAUUUGGGCCUAUGUUUAAGACGGUGGCGCGUUCUUAUGUCGCAAACUAUCCGGACUCGAAACGCGUCUUCUUCGCAGAGGCUGACUUUGGUGAUAACAGAGAACAUUUCAAGCAGUUGCAAAUGAACACGGUGCCGCAUUUGUGGAUUUAUCCCCCCUCGGAGCUUACGGAGUCCGAGAUCCAGGCAAUUGAGCCGGCCGAUUGGAAAUCCAUUGCCAACGUGACCUCUCCACACAUGGUGUAUAGACCACCAGAUAAAUUCAUCACUGCUCGUGAUACCGACGGUGGUGAACUACAUUUUGCACAGUUUUUAAGCGAAGUCUUACACACCAACAUUGUUCUUCAGAAACCGUUUGACGUUGCCGUUUUCCUUCAAUAUUUCUCGAUCACAUUUGCGGUUGUGUUUGCACUCAAGAAGAGAGGUCAAAGGAUUUGGGGAAGACUUCAGAAGUACUAUCUCUACUGUUUCCUCUCCAUUCUUUCCAUUUUGAUCUCAGUUUCGGGGUUCAACUUUUCUACUCAAAGGCAGGUGCCCUUUCUAGCAAGAAACGAUAAGGGCCAGAUCAUGUAUUUAUCGGGCGGGACCCACUACCAGUUUGGUUCUGAGAUGCUGAUCUCUGCAGGUUUCUAUGUAUUGCUGGGAGUAACCACUGUGCUUCUCAUUACAUGGGUUCCCAAACUAAAGGACCAUACCAAGAGGGGUUUGGCCACGCUAGUGCUAACGGGAGUGCUGUUCGUGCUGUAUUGUAUGUUGGGAACGGUAUUCCACUCUAAAGAUUCGAGUUAUCCAUAUGUGCCUUUGUCAAUACCGGUGUUCUAA